AUGAACAAUUCUAUAUCUAAGGUCACAUUUCGAAGCGAUUAUGGUUCGAUAUAUAAUGGUUCGACAUGUAAAGAUCCGAAUGAACUGAAGUCUAAAGGAUCAAAUUGGACUGCAUACAUGAAUAUUGUUUGUGUGUUAGCUGGAUCAGGAACACUCGGAAUUCCUUACGCCAUUCAACUUGGAGGAUGGAUAUCUAUUCCGAUUUUAAUCCUUUCAGCAAUAAUGACAUAUUAUGCCAACAUUAAAUUGAUUGAAUGUUUAUAUUAUGAUGGUACUCGCAAAACCUCAAUGUCCGAUUUAGCAUAUGAAGCGUAUGGAAAUGUGGGAUUUCUUAUUAUUGGAUUUUUCUUUAAUGCACUAUGCAUUGGAUGCCCAAUUUUAUUUCUUAUUCUUGCUGGACAUAGUCUCCAAGAAUUGUUCAUCAACGUCGGAAUUGAUCUGGGAAUACGAACUUGGGUUUAUAUUUGCGCUAGUAUUAUGUGUAUACCGUUUAUUUUACUAAGAUCAAUGAAAGAGGCCGCAUUCUUAAGUGUCGUAGGAACUAUAACUACAGCAUUCGUUAUAAUAGUCAUAUCUGUAACGUCCGUCGUCGAAUAUCCUAAUAAUCGAGAUAAGCAACACGAAUUUAUUAAUUUCCGAAAUAUACCUUUGUCUAUGGCAACAUUUUCCUUUAGUUAUGGUGGGAAUUUUAUUUUUCCUCAAGUUGAAGCUAGUUUGAAAGAACCAAAUGCAUGGACCGAAAUUUUGAGAUUCGCCAUCUUUUCUGUAACAAUUAUGUACUUAAUAAUUGGAAUUCCCGCUUAUUUAACUUAUGGCGAAACUCUUCGAUCACCUGUAUAUAUCGGUCUUCAGCCCGGAUUUCCUAUUACCAUUUCCAUAAUAAUGAUUACAAUACACAUUCUCUUAGCGUUACCAGUUUAUCUAACGGUAUUUUCAGUAGAAAUUGAGAAUUAUCUUGGUUUCGACACGAAAAAUUUGAGUAAAAUUCGGCAACAUAUUUUACGUAUUUUAUUACGUAUAAUUAUUAUGAUAUUUACAGUAUAUAUUGCAGUGAAUGUACCAUACUUUUCAGAUUUAAUGCAAUUAUUCGGUGCAACUGGAAAUGGAGUGUUAUCAGUUAUUGCGCCAAUUCUUUUUUGGAUUAAAUUAAUUGGAUGGAAAGAAUUAAAUGGAUUCAAGGAUAAAUGUUGGGUAAUUUUUAUGCUGACGUUUUCUACGUGCGUAACUGUUAUUGGAACGAUCGAUGCUCUAAAUAUUCUUUGGAUUGAUAUUACUGAAAAAUCAUGA